UUGUCAUAAAAGUAUUAUAUACAUGAUAUAUACCUAUGUAUCAUAUAUUUGCUAUAUACAUAAUUGUGUUCUGCGUUAAGUGAUGAGAAAUCCAGGUCUCAUAAUCUGGUAAUCUAAUGCAUGUGUCUAAUAUAUAAAUAAUAUAUAAUAAUAUUAUGUGAUCAUGUGUAAUUUCGAUGAUUUACCGAAUAACUAUAAUGUAACCGGCUGAAAUAAAAAUAUGUAAUUGAACCAAUAUCUUGACUUGACAGAGUGAAACAUGAAUUCUGUGACAGAAAUGACAAACAGUGAUGAAAAUUAUAACACGACGAACUUUUAUAUUGGUUUAGGACUCGCAAUUAUGUCAAGUGGUUUUAUAGGUGCUAGUUUUAUUAUAAAAAAGAAGGCUUUAAUCCAGCUUCAAAAGUACGGUGGACUGCGUGCAUCAUCUGGAGGUUUUGGAUAUUUAAAAGAAUGGAUAUGGUGGGCUGGACUGCUAUCUAUGGGUAUAGGAGAAGCAGCAAAUUUUAUUGCUUAUGCAUUUGCUCCAGCAUCGCUUGUAACCCCAUUGGGUGCCUUAAGUGUUUUAGUAUCAGCAGUAUUAGCAUCCAAAUAUCUUAAUGAAAAGUUAAAUUUACUGGGAAAAAUGGGCUGCUUAUUGUGCAUCUUGGGUUCUACGAUCAUAGUAUUGCAUUCUCCAAAAGAGGAAGAAGUCAGCAAUCUAAGUGAUCUAGUUGUCAAAAUAAGAGAGCCAGGUUAUGUGGCAUAUGUUUUAAUUGUGAUAAUGUCUACCUUGUUGAUUAUCUUUCACUUUGGUCCUGCGUAUGGCAAGCAAAAUAUCUUGGUAUACAUUUGUUUGUGCUCGUCUGUUGGUUCUUUGACUGUUAUGAGUUGUAAAGGUUUAGGUUUGGCAUUGAAGGAGACCAUCUCUGGCAAAGAGAAUGCAUUUGCCAAUUGGCUAACUUGGGUCUUUAUAUUUAGCGUUAUUCUUUGCAUCAUGAUACAGAUGAAUUAUUUAAACAAAUCGCUCGAUUUGUUUGACACAUCCGUUGUGACACCAGUUUAUUAUGUCUUUUUUACAACUCUGGUAAUAAUAGCAUCUGCGAUUUUAUUCAGAGAAUGGACAAAAAUGAGCGUGGAAAACAUAUUGGGUGCCUCUUGUGGCUUUUUUGUAGUUGUAAUUGCUAUAUUUUUGUUGAAUGCUUUUAAAGAAAUGGAUAUAAAUUACGGUAAUAUUAGACAAAUGUUGAGACCAAAGAGAGAAAUGCUUUUAAAUUAUAAUUCAAAAUGGGAUGAGCAACAAAGAGCAACUAGAGUGGAAUCUCAGCAUUUACUUAAUCAUAGUUAUGUCAAUUCAGAUAUUACAAGGACUAUUUAAAAAUUAUUUUAAGGAUACAUUAAAGACCCAUGUUGUUUUAAAACUUUGUAUAUUACUUUGUAUAUAUUUUAAUCAAGAAAUAUAAAAAAAUAAUUUAUUAUAUUUUUCAUGUAAUUAAACACACAUAUACAUUAUGGCAAUUGUAUUGUUACGACUUUACUUGCAUAGCGUUAAUUUUCGUCAUUUAGAAAAAUAAAACUUUAAACGAAAAGUAUUUAAAUAAUUCGAGAAAAUUAUUGAAAGAUAGGCGAAAAAGAAAAUUUUAGUAACAGAUUUCGAAUUCUAGAAUUCGACUUGUGGACUCUGGUAUGAUCAAAUACGAAUGUUAUAAAAUAUAUCGCUUGUUCACAAAAUAAACUUAAAUAAAUUCUAA